AUGGGCGCCGCUGACGCACGCCGUGCCGCCGCCUGCGGCGCCCCCGCUCCCCGCCGCCGCCCGCAGGAGAUUGACGCCUACUGGCUGCAGCGCCGCAUCAGCAAGGCCUUCGGCGACAUCGACCCCAACGCCGCACAGAAGCUUGGGGAGGACACGUUUGCAGCGCUGCAGAUGCCGGAUGCCCGAGAGGUGGAGAACCGGCUGGUUAUGCUGCUGGACUUUGACAGGUUCGAGCUGAUCAAGGAGCUGCUCAAGAACCGGCUGCGCAUCGUGUGGUGCAUGCGCCUGGCGCGCACAGAGAACGAUGAGGAGCGGCAGCGUGUGGAGACUGAGAUGGAGGCGGGCGCCGAGACGCGAGCCAUCCUGGACGCGCUGCACGCCACCCGUGCCUCAGCCCGGGAGCGUCAGAGCGCGGUGGAGCGGUCGAUCCGCGAGGAGGCGCGGCGCCUGCGGCAGGGGGAGGGCGGCGAGGGCGGCGGCGCGGGCGGCGCCGCUGCUGCGGGCCGCAAAGCCAUCGACCUUGAUAACCUCUCCUUUGCCCAGGGCUCCCACUUCAACAGCAGCAAGCAGUGCACGCUGCCGCAGGGAUCGUACCGCACAGUACACAAGGGGUACGAGGAGGUGCACGUGCCCGCCCUCAAGCCCAAGCCCUUUGCCGACGGCGAGACGCUGGUGGACAUCAGCAGCCUGCCCGAGUGGGCGCAGCCCGGGUUCAAGGGCAUGAAGAGCCUCAACCGCAUCCAGUCGCGCGUGUGCGACACCGCGCUGUACAGCGCAGAGAACAUGCUAGUGUGUGCGCCCACCGGCGCGGGCAAGACCAACGUUGCCAUGCUGGCCAUGCUGCACGAGAUCGGGCUGCACAGGCGCGAGGACGGCUCCAUCGACACCGCCGCCUUCAAGAUCAUCUACGUGGCACCCAUGAAGGCGCUGGUGGCGGAGAUGGUGGGCAACUUUGGCAAGCGGCUGGAGCCGUACAAGGUGAAGGUGCGAGAGCUGACGGGCGACAUGUCUCUGACCAAGGCGGAGAUCGACGAGACGCAGGUCAUCGUGGCGACGCCCGAGAAGUGGGACAUCAUCACGCGCAAGAGCGGCGACCGCACCUACACCCAGCUGGUGCGGCUGGUCAUCAUCGACGAGAUCCACCUCCUGCACGACGACCGCGGCGCGGUGCUGGAGUCGAUCGUGGCGCGCACAGUGCGGCAGAUUGAGACCACCCAGGAGAUGGUGCGCCUGGUGGGCCUGUCCGCCACGCUGCCCAACUUUGAGGACGUGGCCUCCUUCCUGAGGGUCAAGGCCGAGAAGGGGCUCUUCUACUUCGACAACUCAUUCAGGCCCUGCCCCCUGGCCCAGCAGUACAUCGGCGUGACUGUGAAGAAGCCGCUGCAGCGCUUCCAGCUCAUGAACGAGAUCUGCUACAACAAGGUCAUGGAGGCGGCAGGCAAGCACCAGGUGCUCAUCUUUGUGCACAGCCGUAAGGAGACGGCCAAGACGGGUCGCUUCCUCAAGGAGGAGUGCCUCAAGAACGACUCGCUGGCCCGGAUCCUGCGCGACGACUCCGCCUCCAGGGAGAUCCUGCAGACCGAGGCGGAGGGCGUGAAGAACAGCGACCUCAAGGAGCUGCUGCCUUACGGGUUUGGCAUCCACCACGCCGGCAUGGCUCGCGCCGACCGCACGCUGGUGGAGGACCUGUUUGCCGACGGGCACAUCCAGGUGCUUGUGUCCACCGCCACCCUGGCCUGGGGCGUCAACCUGCCGGCACACACCGUGAUCAUCAAGGGCACGCAGGUGUACAACCCGGUCAAGUCGGCGUGGAUGGAGCUGUCGCCGCUGGACGUGAUGCAGAUGUUUGGGCGCGCGGGGCGCCCGCAGUUCGACACCUUUGGGGAGGGCAUCAUCAUCACCUCCCAUACCGAGCUGCAGUUCUACCUGUCGCUCUUCAACAUGCAGCUGCCCAUUGAGUCGCAGUACGUGCAGACCAUACCCGACAACCUCAAUGCCGAGGUGGUGCUGGGUACCGUGCAGAACAUACGGGACGCCGCCUCGUGGCUGGGAUACACCUACCUCUAUGUGCGCAUGCUGUGCAACCCGCAGCUGUACGGCGUGCCCAUCGAUGCGCUGGACACAGACCCGCUCAUGCAGGAGCGGCGCAUGGACCUGGCCCACUCCGCCGCCGUCAUGCUGGACCGCCACAACCUGGUCAAGUACGACCGCCGCUCGGGCAACCUGCAGGCCACAGACCUGGGCAGGAUUGCCUCGCAGUACUACGUGUCGUACCGCACCAUCUCCUCCUUCAACGACCACCUCAAGCCCACCAUGGGCGAGAUCGAGCUGCUGCGCCUGUUUGCGCUGGCAGAUGAGUUCAAGUACAUGGUGGUGCGGGAGGAGGAGAAGCUGGAGGUUGCCAAGCUGAUUGAGCGGGUGCCCAUCCCCGUGAAGGAGAGCCUGGACGAGCCCACCGCCAAGAUCAACGUGCUGCUGCAGGCCUACAUCAGCCAGCUGAAGCUGGAGGGGCUGGCGCUCAUGAGCGACAUGGUGUACGUCACGCAGAGCGCGGGCCGCCUGAUGCGGUGCCUGUUUGAGGUGUGCCUGCGGCGCGGCUGGGCGGGGCUGACCGACAAGGCGCUGAUGCUGAGCAAGUGCGUGAUGCGGCGCAUGUGGGGGUCGCAGACGCCGCUGCGCCAGUUCAAGGGCAUCCCGUACGAGAUACUGGCCAAGAUUGAGAAGAAGGACCUGGCGUGGGACCGCUGGUACGACCUCAACAGCCAGGAGAUUGGCGAGCUCAUCCGCUUCCCCAAGAUGGGCAAGACCGUGCACAAGCUGGUGCACCAGUUCCCUCGCCUGGAGCUGUCGGCGCACGUGCAGCCCAUCACCCGCACCGUGCUCAAGGUGGACCUCACCAUCACGCCCGACUUCCAGUGGGACGACAAGGUGCACGGCGUGGUGGAGCCCUUCUGGAUCAUCGUGGAGGACAGCGACAGCGAGAACGUUCUGCAUCACGAAUACUUCCUGCUCAAGAAGACUCUGGCCGAGGAGGACCACCUGGUGACCUUCACCCUGCCCGUGGCCGAGCCGCUGCCUCCCCAGUACUUUGUCAAGGUGGUGAGCGACAAGUGGCUGGGGUGUGAGUCUGUACUGCCCGUCUCCUUCCGCCACCUCAUCCUGCCCGAGAAGUAUGCGCCGCCCACCGAGCUGCUGGACCUGCAGCCGCUGCCCGUGUCGGCGCUCAGGAACCCUGAGUUUGAAAAGCUGUACACGCAGUUCACCCACUUCAACCCCAUACAGACACAGGUCUUCACCGCCCUGUACAACACCGACGACAGCGCGCUGGUGGCGGCGCCCACCGGCUCGGGCAAGACCAUUUGCGCGGAGUUUGCGCUGCUGCGCAUGGUGCAGCAGGCGGCGGAGGGCAAGUGCACGGCGCGCUGCGUGUACAUUGCGCCGCUGGAAUCGAUCGCCAAGGAGCGGUUUGCCGACUGGGGCAAGCGGUUUGGGCAGGGGCUGGGCCUGAACGUGGUGCAGCUCAGCGGGGAGGCGCAGGCGGACCUGAAGCUGCUGGAGAAGGGCAACAUCGUGAUUGCCACCCCCGAGCACUGGGACAUGCUGUCGCGGCGGUGGAAGCAGCGCAAGGCGGCGCAGGAUGUGCCGCUGUUCAUUGUGGACGAGAUGCACCUGCUGGGCGGGCCGCAGGGCGCGGCGCUGGAGGUGAUCACCAGCCGCAUGCGGUACAUCAGCAGCCAGGCGGAGCGCCCCAUCCGCAUCGUGGCACUGGCCACCUCGCUGGCCAACGCAAAGGACGUGGGGGAGUGGGUGGGCGCUACCAGCCACGGCCUCUUCAACUUCCCGCCCGGCGUGCGCCCCGUGCCGCUUGAGAUCCACAUCCAGGGCUUCGACAUCGUCAACCUGGAGGCGCGCAUGCAGAUGACCGAGCCCCAGCUGGAGGAUGUGGCGCGGUGGUGCAACCGCUACCCCGACAUCAACGUCAACCACCAGGUGGCGGACGCCGACGACAUCCGUGCAGGCGAGCCGGUGAGCCUGACGGUGGCGCUGGAGCGGGAGGCUGAGGGGGAGCUGCGGCCGGUGGAUGCGCCCAGGUACCCGGGGCGCAAGGAUGAGAACUGGUGGCUGGUGGUGGGCGACACCAGCGCCAACACGCUGCUGGCCAUCAAGCGGGUCACGCUGCAGCGCAAGGCACGCGUGAAGCUGGACUUUGUGGCGCCCAAGGCGGUGGGCUCCCAGACCCUCACCCUCUUCUUCAUGUGUGACUCGUACAUGGGCUGUGAUCAGGAGUUCGAGCUGGAGCUGGAUGUGAAGGAGGGGGCAGGCAGCGACGACGAGGAGCAGGCGCAGCAGAUGGACCAGGACUGA